AUGGAACAGCGCAGAAGAAAAGGCCCUCUUGGGCCUGUCAGGGAAGUGGCUCUGGCAAAUGCUGUCCGCCGCCAAUUUUACCAGAGUGACCGUGUCAAGUCAUUCCAUCACGACCUGUUGCUGACAGAGACUGUGAAGAGCCGUGAUGAGCAGAUCAGGCAGAAACAAAAAAUUGCCAAUGCUGAAAAUGAGGAAACCAAAAAAUUUAUGGCUCGGAUCAGACGACAACAGAUGGAGGACAUCGAGCGUGAGAGACAAAGAGAGCAGCGGCGAGAGAUGGACAGACAGGCUUGCACUGACUUUGUGAAGCAGCAGAUGUGGGAGACGGAGCUCAUGAGAAGACAGCAAAAGCUGGAGAAACAGAGAGAGAUAGAGGAGUGGGCCGAAAAGCGAAAGCAGUAUGAGAAGGAUCAGAUGAUGUUCAAACAAAAACAGCAUGAGGAGAAGAUGGGUGUGAGAAACACUUAUCGUCGUCAAAUAUCAGAGAAGAAUGUCAGCAGAGCCAAUGAGGCUCGACAGGAAGCCAAGGAGGAACAGUGUCGGAGGCAGUUCGACACAGAAAAGGAGCAAUGGACAAAGACGGCCAAAGACAAUGAAGCAGAGAAGUACAGGCGACGGCAGAGGCGCAGUGAGAUGGUGGGGGAUAAGCUGCUCGUGCAGGAGCAGAAGAAGGCCAACAAAGAGGAGGAGAUAAGGGCCAGGGCUCUGGCCAGAGCUGCGUUUGAGCACGAAGCCAAGCUGGUGCAGGAGCAGAACCGCAAGAAUGAAAGCAGCCAGGACUUGUGGAAUGCUAUGGCUGCUCAGCGAGAAAGUAGGCACAGGCAACGUGAGGAGAAGGCAAGAGACGACAAGCAGAGAGGAAGGGAUGAGCUCCAUACCCUGAAAGAGAAGGACAGGAUCUACUGGGAAAACCAGAGAUUGAUUGCUGAGAGGAAGAAGGCAGAUCGCCUGAUGAUGGACGAUGCCCUUCGCCAGCAGAUGGCUGAGAAACGCCUCAAAGAAGAGCGGGAGAAGCAAGAGAAGCUUGAAUAUGAGAGGAGGCACUUGGAACUACUGGAGGAGGAAGAGGAGCAGUUCCAACGUUACGCUGGUGAGGUGAUUAAUGCAGCCUCAGAGGCAAAGAGGAAUCCAUUCUCACUCCGCAAGGCUGCAGAGAAGGAUAUUGCCGCUGCAGUGGGCCCCAUUACUGGAGGAUUCAGGGCAAAUUGUUUGGCUCCUGGAGCCAACUACUCUGACAUUUCCAAAUACCUCAAGACCACAUCCCAAGAUAUCAAUAGGCUAUAUGGGACCAGCAACUAUGAGCCAACCAAGGCAAGGCUGGGCUUCAUAUGGUGA